AUGAACUGCAUCUCAGAUUUCUUCACCUACGAGACCACCAAGUCGGUGGUUGUAAAGAGCUGGACCAUUGGGAUCAUCAACCGGGCGGUUCAGCUUCUGAUCAUCUCCUACUUCGUGGGGUGGGUUUUCUUGCACGAGAAGGCGUACCAGGUGCGGGACACGGCCAUCGAGUCCUCAGUGGUGACCAAGGUGAAGGGCUUUGGACACUAUGCCAACCGAGUCAUGGACGUCUCUGAUUAUGUGACCCCACCCCAGGGCACCUCUGUCUUUGUCAUCAUCACCAAGAUGAUUGUAACCGAAAACCAGAUGCAAGGAUUCUGCCCAGAGAGCGAGGAGAAGUUCCGCUGUGUGUCCGACAGCCAGUGCGGGCCUGAGCGCUUCCCAGGUGGGGGGAUCCUCACGGGCCGCUGCGUGAACUACAGCUCUGUGCUUCGGACCUGUGAGAUCCAGGGCUGGUGCCCCGCGGAGGUGGACACAGUGGACAUGCCUGUCAUGACAGAAGCCGAGAACUUCACUAUUUUCAUCAAGAACAGCAUCCGUUUCCCCCUCUUCAACUUUGAGAAGGGAAACCUCCUUCCCAACCUGACCGCCGCCGACAUGAAGACAUGCCGCUUCCACCCGGACAAGGCCCCCUUCUGCCCCAUCUUGCGGGUGGGGGAUGUGGUCAAGUUCGCAGGGCAGGAUUUUGCCAAACUGGCCAGCACGGGCGGAGUUCUGGGCAUUAAAAUCGGCUGGGUGUGCGACCUGGACAAGGCUUGGGACCAGUGCAUCCCCAAAUAUUCCUUCACCCGGCUCGACAGUGUUUCUGAGAAGAGCAGCGUCUCCCCAGGCUACAACUUCAGGUUUGCCAAGUACUACAAGAUGGAGAACGGCAGUGAGUACCGCACGCUCCUGAAGGCUUUUGGCAUCCGUUUCGAUGUGCUGGUGUACGGGAAUGCUGGCAAGUUCAACAUCAUCCCCACCAUCAUCAGUUCCGUGGCAGCCUUCACUUCUGUGGGCGUGGGCACCGUCCUCUGUGACAUCAUCCUGCUCAACUUCCUCAAGGGGGCCGACCAGUACAAAGCCAAGAAGUUUGAGGAGGUGAACGAGACCACGCUGAAGGUCACGGCCUCAGCCAACCCGGUGUACCCCAGCGACCAGACCACGGAGGAGAAGCAGUCCACGGACUCGGGCGCCUACUCCAUUGGCCACUAG